AAAAAAACACAGAGAGAGUACUGCGGAUUUAGAAGGGACUGGAAAGGACUUGUUGCACAAUGGAAGAAUCUGGCUCUGAGAAAAAGAUGGAGAAAGAGAAUCUGGGGACAAGAAUGGAUCCUCCCAUAGGGGAACCGGAAGGAUCGCUUGGGUGGGUGCUACCAAAUACAGCCAUGAAGAAAAAGGUGCUGUUGAUGGGUAAAAGUGGGUCUGGUAAGACCAGCAUGAGGUCUAUUAUCUUUGCAAAUUAUAUUGCAAGAGACACACGUCGCCUUGGUGCAACAAUACUAGACCGUUUACAUAGUCUUCAAAUUAAUAGCAGUUUGAGCACCUACUCUCUCGUAGACUCUGUUGGAAAUACAAAGACAUUUGAUGUAGAACAUUCUCAUGUUCGAUUUCUGGGAAACCUGGUAUUGAACCUGUGGGACUGUGGUGGACAGGACACCUUCAUGGAAAACUAUUUCACCAGCCAACGAGACAACAUCUUCCGUAAUGUGGAGGUUCUGAUUUAUGUCUUUGAUGUGGAAAGCCGCGAACUGGAAAAGGACAUGCACUAUUACCAGUCAUGCCUGGAGGCCAUUCUGCAGAAUUCUCCAGAUGCCAAAAUCUUUUGCUUGGUGCAUAAAAUGGAUCUGGUACAGGAGGAUCAACGAGACCUGAUUUUUAAAGAGCGAGAAGAAGAUCUGAGGCGUUUGUCUCGCCCAUUGGAAUGUUCUUGCUUCCGAACAUCUAUCUGGGAUGAAACUCUCUAUAAGGCUUGGUCCAGCAUUGUUUAUCAGCUGAUUCCCAAUGUUCAGCAGCUGGAAAUGAACCUAAGGAAUUUUGCUGAAAUUAUUGAGGCUGAUGAAGUGCUUCUAUUUGAGAGAGCCACUUUUCUGGUGAUUUCUCACUAUCAAUGUAAAGAACAGCAUGAUGUCCACAGAUUUGAGAAAAUCAGCAACAUUAUUAAGCAAUUUAAGCUGAGCUGCAGCAAGCUGGCUGCCUCUUUCCAGAGCAUGGAAGUCAGGAACUCUAACUUUGCUGCUUUCAUUGACAUCUUUACAUCCAACACUUAUGUGAUGGUCGUGAUGUCUGAUCCAUCCAUUCCUUCUGCAGCUACUCUGAUCAAUAUCCGCAAUGCUAGGAAACACUUUGAAAAGCUGGAAGGAGUGGAUGGACCAAAGCAGUGUCUUCUUAUGCGCUAAAACAUUGCCAAAUGCUGUUUCAGAAAAAAAUUGGAAUACUGUUUCUUAAUCUUAAUGUUGUAUUAGUAUAUAUAGGCUCUGAAAUGUUGUGAUGCUUAUCACUUCUGUAUUUCUUCCCUGCUCCCUAGUCUUAAUGUUUAACCUUGAAUGCUAUUUACUCAAAUAGCCAGUGAGGAGUUAGGAGAUGAGCUGUUAAUGAAGUUGGUGUGACAUAUAAAGUAGAUGAUAUGUAAGUGUUCUGAUAACAACGUUCUAAUAGUGCAGGUGUUCUGUUAACCUGGUUCCAGUUGUUGUGUAUGCCAAAGCCUUUCCCAACGUCAUCUUGUAUUCCUUACCAGAGAGUAACCUAUAUGUUUGGAAUAUUACUGUUUUCUCAGCAUGCAUUAAAAAUAUUCCUUAACUACAAUUGUAAAUAAACUUUUGCUGUUAGGGAUUUCAGU